AUGACGACAGCAGAAGCCGGAAUUGUCGAGUUCCUAGACGCCACAAGCGAUAAACACGGCGGUAAAGGAAAGAAGCGGCAGCGGAAGCAGCUGUCCUCGUCGUCCUCAUUUCUAGACCGCUUCGACAGUGGUAGCGAGGAUGAGCAAGAAGGGGGUAAAACUCGUAAGCGCGGCGUUCUCUCGGCCACAAACGGAGACGCUUCUAACGGGGCAGAGACGACACUAGGGGAGAGAAAAAAAAUACCGGAAACGGCGGCAGCAGCAGGGCUAUUAUUAGACGGAGGUGACACUAACGAGGGGCGAGGUGUAGAGGAUCGAGGAGCACAGGGAAGAGAUUUAGAGGCGGGACCGGUUGUUGCGCAAAAAGGGGGAGAUGCGGGGGCAAAGGGGAAGGGGGCUUCCGCUGCGCGCAAGGCGAGGGUUAAGGGACAGGGUUUAUUGGGAUCUCAGGCGGAAGGUUCUAGGGGAGAAGGGUUGGGAGAUGAAGAAGAGGGUUUUGCGGAAUUCGUAGAGGAGGAGGAUGAGGAAAGAGCAGGAGAGAGUGAGGGAGAGGAGGAGAGUGAGGGAGAGGAGGAGAGUGAAGGAGAGGAGGAGAGUGAGGGAGAGGAGGGAAGUGAAGAGGAUGAGUUGAGCGGAAGUGAGAGUGAGGAAGGGGAGGAGGAAGGAGAGGAGGACGGAGAGGAAGGAGAGGAGGAGGAGGAGGAUGGCGACGGCGAAGGAGCAGCAGGGUCGGCACCAGCGCCUUCGUCAUCUUUCGCGACUGCCUUCGCGAGCAUCAUGGCGAAGAAGGUCCCUGUUACCGGCAAGGUGCGCGGGAGCAACGGGGUUUCGGGUUUGGGAAUUUCCGCCCCUCCUCCUCCCCACUUCCCCCAAGCGCCCAUCCAAGCACUCCCCCCGUUCCCCCCCUUCCUCCCCCAAAUCCUCCCCCAGGCGCCCAUCCUAGCAGCGCGCAAGGGGCCGUGGAGGAGGGGAAGACAGCGGCAGGGGAGGGCGCCCAUCCUAGCAGCGCGGAAGAAACUGCUGGAUGAGGGGAAGGAGGGGAAGGGC